AUGGAAGGUCAUAGUUUUGGAGACGACCAUGGGCACGAAAAUUAUGAACACGUGAAGGAAUUGAAAGGUUCAAACACCACCGAUGACCCUGCUCCCACGCUUUCUCCAGUGCCUCAUGUUGCGCACCACCAUCACGGGAUGCCCAUCCUUGAAAUGAAUCUUAAACCAGAGGAAAGGCUAUUCUGGGAAAAUUACUCGACGGAAACCUACUUCACCACGCCGUCCAACCACAGAGCAGCUCUUUAUCUUCAUAUUGCUCUCUGGGCGCUCCCGUAUAUUUUCUUGUAUCCAUUGGUGCUAGUGUUCUGGAACACCAAGUCGAGGCUCUUUUUUCCAGCAUUAUCCGUGCACAUUGGCGCCGUGUGCGUUUCGAUCAUCAACUACUGGGUGUUUGCCGGUUCGAUCCGUGAUGACUUGUACCCUAACAACGCGUUUCACCCCAUGUGCGCCAUCUUGUUCGUUGGAUCCAUCGUGCAUUGGGCCGUUGCUCUUGUGGCCACGGCUUACUCCUCGCUCGACAUUGAUAGCCACGCUUACUUUGCCGUGGACGAUGAAGGGGCUUCCUCUGAUGACGCGUCUUCAAUUGACUCGCCUCAAUUGACCUUGAGAGACUCCCACUCCGACUCGUUCGAGCUUGACGACAUGACCCCCGGUGAAAAUAGCCAUUUGCAUACUUCCAACACUUCGAUGAUCUCAAAAAAGCCAAACUGGGUCACUAGCUUUGUGGUUCGUUUCCCCAUGUUCCGUCAAGUUGUGACCGCGUUUGGCAGAACCGCGCUGGUUCUAACCGCAGUGAUGAAUUGGGUCCUGUUCUUCUAUUUCCUCAUUUACACAGGUGUUGCUGUGGCAACUUAUGCUGUUUACGGUGCUGACAAGACCAUGUUCAAUAUGUUAGCACAUUUCAUCAAGGGCGGUGUGUUCUUUGCCUUGGGCUUGCUCACUUUGGCUCGCUACUGCGGCGCUUUUGCUGACAAGGGCUGGGCCUGGAAUCACCGUUUUGUUCCUGUCAGGAAAGCUCACCGGGGUUGGUUCAAGUGGCAGCCUGCGGGCCUUUGGUCGAUGGAGUUUGUUGAGAGUUCCCUUAUCUUAUUCUAUGGAUCUACAAACAUAUUCUUGGAGCACCUUGCCAAUCCUGGUGGUGCAUGGUCCGCGAAGGAUUUGCAGCAUGUGUCAAUUGCUUUCAUUUAUAUUGGCUGUGGCCUCUGUGGUGUGUUAGUGGAAAAAAAGUUGAAUAACUACCGGUUCCAGAAGGCUACUGAACACAUGGCUCUUGUGGCUGACUCCAAAGAUGUUGCUCGUGUGGCAAAGGCCAUGCCUGGGUUCUCUCCAAACCCAUUUCCCAUCUUGACUAUCUACUGGACAGGUGUUCUCAUGUCUAAGCACGAACAAGCCUCUGAAUUGUCCACUGCAAUCCACACUCAAUGGGGUAAUCUUUUCGUCACUGGCUGCGCGUUCAGACUCAUGACUUAUGUGCUUCAAAUGGUGACUCCUGUCAACAGCAAGUCGUUAACCAGACCACUGAGCCCAAUGACUGAGUUGGUAGUGAGUUUCACCUUGAUGUGUGGCGGCCUCAUCUUCAUGGAGUCUUGCGACCCUGUAGUUUACACGUUCGAAUACUACGGGUACACGCCUAUGUUUACGCUUAAUGUGUCUCUAGGUGUCGUCACACUUCUCAUGUCGUGGGAAAUGUCUGUCUUUGCAUUCAAGGACUGGCUCAAGGCGAAGAAGAGCUCGCUCACGACCAUGGCGUGA